AUGCAUCAGCGUGUGAUUCAGCAAACACUUCAAGGACUAGAGGGGUCGAGAAACAUUUUCGAUGACAUCAUCAUACAUGGGAAGUCAACGGAGGAGCACGAUAAGCGACUCACAAAGUUGUUGGACCGAAUACAGGAAUUGGGACUAACUUUGAACAAGGAAAAGUGUAAUUUCAGAAUGACUGAACUUGUUUUUAUGGGACACCUGCUGUCAUCCCGAGGGAUUGGACCGGAAGAGGAGAAAGUCCGAGCAUGGACUACAAAACAGGAAAAAGCUUUCCAAGAACUGAAAUUAAGACUUCAGAAUACAAAGACACAAGAAUAUUUUGAUGGGAGUGCGAAGACCACAUUGAUUACAGACGCUAGCUCCGUGGGAUUAGGAGCUGUGUUGGUUCAGGGGAUAAAUCGAGUUAUUUGUUACAUCAGUCGAAGCUUGACAGAUACGGAACGUCGUUAUUUUCAAACUGAAAAGGAAACUUUGGGAAUUGUUUGGGCCUGUGAAAGACUACAUAUGUACUUGUAUGGGACGGACAUCACACUUCUUACAGACCACAAACCACUUGAAUGUAUCUAUUCUACUAAAUCCAGAGGAACAGCAAAUGCAAGGAUACAACGAUGGGUGUUGCGGAUUCAACCCUACAAAUUCAGUGUAGUCCAUAUUCCAGGGAAACACAACAUUGCAGACAGCUUGUCUAGACUUUUGACAUCUGAAGGGAAGUCAAAUUCUGAUAUUGGGAAAGAUGAAGAUGAAUACAUACGUUUUGUGGCAUUAACAGCAACUCCGAACGCAUUGACAACUCGAGAAAUGGAACGUGAAUCGACAACAGAUGAGGAGAUAGCAGACAUUAGGGAGGCGAUUAGAACAAACAGAUGGAAUCGAGUAACUUGUAAAACUGUGUUGUCCAUUAAAGAUGAACUUGCAUGUAUUGGAAUAUUAGUUCUGCGAGGAUCUCGGAUUCUUGUUCCUAAAAGUCUGAGAGAGACUGUCCUUAAACUAGCUCAUGAGGGAUAUCCAGGAAUAGUAGUUAUGAAGAGGAACCUACGGACCAAAGUACGGUGGCCUGGAAUUGACCGGGAAGCUGAAAAGUUCUGCAGGUCAUGUCAUUCAUGUCAACUCGUAAGUUCUCCAGAGAAACCAGAACAGAUGAAACCAACCGACAUACCAUCGUCUCCAUGGGAACACAUUUCUGCAGAUCUUAUGUGCUUACCUACAGGAGACAACUUGUUUGUUGUUGUUGACUACUACAGUCGGUAUUUUGAAGUUGACGUUAUGAGGUCUACAUCUUCUGAUAGAAUUAGAAAUCAGAGUUUCUUUGAAAAUAGGGAUGGUAAACCAGGACCACAAGCAACAGAUAAAGUGGGGAGGUCCUUAGUGAUGCUUUACCUACAGCUGAUGAAGUCUCGAAAGGAGUGA